AUGCUCAGACUGCAAUCUUCAGACAGCGUUCAAUGGUGUCUUCGGCGGGCGCGGGCCCGGGGGCGGGUGCCCCCCGGCGGCCGUGAGGCGGGCCCGCCGAAGCAACAAG